UGUCGCAGCUCCAGCGGCUGCUCUGCCACUCAGAGCUUCAGCCCGUUUACCGAGCGCACUCCGGACGUCGUCCCCGAACGCUGUCAGCUCUUCUCACCUUCUCACCGUCAGCCUCUUUCAGCGUUUUUACCUCCUACGUUGGAAGAUACUUGUCUGUCUACAUUGCUGCCUUCCAAUCCAUCCAUUUGGCACUUACCUCCAUCGCCAUUCUCUCCAGGAUGUCAGUGAAGGUACAGACCAGUAAUGUGACCAACAAGACAGACCCAAAGUCCAUCAAUUCACGGGUGUUUAUUGGCAACCUGAAUACAGCGGUGGUCAAGAAGUCUGAUGUUGAGAGCAUCUUUUCCAAGUAUGGCCGUGUGCUCGGCUGUUCUGUGCACAAGGGCUAUGCCUUUGUCCAGUACGCCAGUGAGAGGCAUGCCAGGGGAGCUGUGAUUGGGGAGAACGGCAGGGUGCUGGCAGGACAAACACUCGAUAUCAACAUGGCGGGAGAGCCAAAGCCCAGACCCAAAGGCCUGAAACGAUCAGCAGCUUCUCUCUACAGCGGCUAUGAGUUUGAUUAUGACUACUACAGAGAAGACUUCUAUGACAGGUUGUUUGAGUACCGUGGCAGAGUGUCUCCUGUUCCACGUGUGGUGCCAGUCAAACGCCCGAGAGUGGCUGUACCCUUGGUACGACGGGUCAAGUCUCUGCCUGUCAAACUGCUGGCAUGUAACGCCUCCAUCCUCCCAACCAGCAAUGGCAACAAACAAAGAUCAGUGAAAGGCACAGAGCUUCAGGCGAUAAAGUCAGAGUUGACUCAGAUUAAAGCCAACAUCGAGGCUUUGCUGGGCAGACUGGAGCAGAUCACAGAAGAUCCACACAUAGCUGCCACAGAUUUGAUCAAUACAGAGGAGUGCAAGAGUGAGGAGGCAUGGCAGGGAGGGGAGGAAUCAAGUUCAGAGCUUGAAGAUGAGGAUGAGCAGAGACAGAACAGCGAAGCUGAAGAGGAGGAGGAAGAUGAAGAAGAGGAGGAGGGAGAGCACACACAGGAUGACACCCACAACCACAUGGUGAGUUAAUGUGACAAACAGUAGUGUGAUCUGGGGUAACCUAAGUCGAGACUUCUUAUUCACACAAAGAUGAUUUUAGUGCAGGAUUCAACCAUUUGAGCCCUAAUUAGUUCAUUUUCAUCAACAGAAUUCAGUUAUAUUUAAACAGUAUCAGUUUAUAAUAACAGUCAUUACAAGAUGCCUUAUAUAUAGGUAAAUAUCCUACAAUAUUACAGACAGAACUGCAAUCAUCAGAGUAUCUUCUAUCAUUUUCCCUGCAUUACAUGCAUCUUAUUAUUUUACACUGAUACUACAUACAUUUAGAGCUUCUGUUGGAACUGCAGGAUUUUAAACACGUUUAAACUGAAUGACCAAAAAAAUAAUAAAUAGAACAAAAUUACAGUCCAUCCCACUAUAUAUA